UAUGUGCAGCUACACCUUCAUUCAGUAGUAAGCUAGUCUCGAGGGAGUAUGGUGUUCCGAACUCUAUUCCUCCUUUUGGUUGGACUGAUAGCUACAGUUGCAGCCCAAGCUUGUACGAGCAUCUCCUACACGUCAGCACUUCAGACUACUUGCACACCGCUGGACACCUGCAAUGGUCUGUUCUGUUUCAAUUCCUUGCGAAAGAGGAACGUCUCCUUUAGCGUACAGAGUUGCACUGACCCUGUGCUCGUCAAUUACACCAUACUUCAUAGUGAGACUGGAGCCUUGAUAUCCACUAAACAGCUCAACGACACUUUUGUACUUGGCAAUGCAACUCACCAGAUGCAUUGGAAUAUCAGUCGUAACGCAUCACAUCUCUUCAUACAGUCAUACAUUAGUGUAAUGGGAUCAUUGUGGACGCUUGUACCAGAAACAAUUGUCUUGCUCAAUGCCUCGUAUUGUCAAUGUGAAUCGGUACAAGACGUUAUUGAAACUACACAAAUGGAACUACCAGGCAAUUCAGUUUGUUCCAACAACUCUAACUGUACAGGGAUGCAGUGUGGAUUAAAUGUGCCUAAUCUUGGACAGUACAACUUUGAGUCUGAAGUGGAACCAUGUUCACAUCCUCCAGGAUUUAUCCUCAUUGUUACUAAUUCUGCUGGGGCAAUUAUUUUUGAUCAAUAUUUUAAUACGUCAAGGGAUACAUUUGUAAGUAUUCUUCCGCUGAGGGUGACCAUCGUCCAUAGAGAAUACUCCAUGCUGGUUUCUGUGACACUUAGAGUUUUUACUACCAUCUACCACAUUGUCCCUGAGAGUCAGAUUAUACUGGAUAAAUCACAUUGUCCAGUAUUAUCCUCACCAAGCAUGUCACUGAUGCCCAGUACAAUGAUGAUGAUGACAAGUACUUUCAUUAACAUACAAACUACCACGACCAGCAGUGUAACACCAACUCCUAUCACAAGCUCUGAGACUUGUUCUUCUUUGAGGAGUAUUGCAAAUCGUUCUCUCCUUCACCAGUGCAGUACCAAUCCACAGUGUGAUACCAUUCAGUGUUCUGUGACUGGCUACAAUAGCAAUUUUCAGAUACUGCCUUGUAAUAACCCACCUGGUUUUCAUGUGACUGUGUACGAUCCUGAUAACAAUAAGAUUUAUGAUGAGGUAGUGACUAAUACAACAAGUAUACCAUUAUCUGAUGCAAAUGGACUCUACUUGAUGGUACUGAUUGAUAGGAAUAAAGUCAAUGAUACUAUCACAUUGGAGGUGAAAUUAAAGACUCCUUUUACUGAGAAUGAUGUAAUACCAAAGACUGUCAUACCACUAAACACUUGUCAACAGUGUUCCUCAGCUUCUUGUAUCAGCUUGGCAACUUCAAUGUCAAACUCAGCUUCAAUGUCAACCUCAGCUUCAAUGUCAAAAUCAGCUUCAAUGUCAAAAUCAGCUUCAAUGUCAAAAUCAGCUUCAAUGUCAAUCAUUGUACAAACUCCUACUGCAAGGUCGGAGUCAGGAGCCAUUACAACAGCAGUUGGAAUAUCAGUACCGAUCAUCUUGCUAAUGAUCAUUAUUGCCGUUUCUGUUGUUGGAGUUAUUAUAGUUGUUGUAUUAUUGAGACGUAAGCAUGGAAGUAAUACUCGACUUCGUUUUGCUUCAAUGGGAGAUGACGAAGUGAUCAUGACCCAGCCUGAAGAUGGAGAUUCACUUUCAGUCAACUCUGAAUCUGCCAAACUUUGAGACACAAAAACACAAACAUUCAUUGUCCUUUCCUCCAAUUAACCUCACCCUUUAAAAUGCGAAGCAACUUUGUUGUCUGUAGGCAAUAGAGUUGCUGCAUGUUACCUUAAACAAAUUAUUUUGAUUAUAAUAAAAAGAUUAUACUGUA